GGAUGUCCUCGUAACUUCUUCUCCAACUUUCUGCUGAGCUCACUUCUCCAUUUCCAUCAACGGCUGGACUUUGCGAAACUUCCUGGUGGUUGGAAGUCUUCCUAACGCCGCUUCUUUUGAUCUUGCCGCUCCCAAUGCCGUAGGCAGGAGUCUCUGGGAUGACAAGGCGGUUUUUUUGGCUGGGCCUUAUGCCAACUCUUUGGGUUCUCAGUGUCGCCUUCUUGCUGGUCCGGGAGCCGGAGGCGGUAGGAGCUUCUGAUGGGCUAUGGGACGCCAACUUCCCAGCAUCCUUCUCAACCGAUGGUCCUCAUGGGCAACGUUCCGGAAUCCAGAGCUCCAAUGUGGACUGCAGAGAAGUGGGAAAACAGAAUCAGUCAGACCGUUGUUCCUUCAUCCGGCAAAACCCAAACUGCAAGAUGGACAAUGGCUUCCUCAACUACCUCAACGGAGUUUUCUGCGUCUUCCCAGCGGCUCUGCAACCUUUGGUCAUAACUCUCUAUGUCUUCUGGCUUCUCUACCUCUUCGUUAUCCUUGGGGUCACGGCUGAGAAAUUCUUCUGUCCUAACUUAUCGGCCAUCUCCACCAAGUUGCGGCUGGCGCAUAACGUGGCACCCUUCCUCCAUGGUGUCACUUUUCUGGCUUUCGGAAAUGGAGCACCUGAUAUCUUCAGCGCAGUGGUCGCGUUCUCUGAUCCCCGGACGGCUGGACUAGCCAUUGGAGCUCUCUUUGGUGCUGGCAUCUUCGUCACCACGGUAGUCGCCGGUGGCAUAGCCCUCGUGAGGCCUUUCACCGCCGCCUCUCGUCCCUUCCUGCGGGAUGCCAUCUUCUACAUGAUCGCAGUGUUCCUGACCUUUGUGGCUCUCUAUUUUGAACAGGUCACCUUGGCAGAAGCUCUGAGUUUCCUUGGACUUUACAUCUUCUACGUCUUGACUGUAGUGGUCUCCACUUGGCUCCACAAGAGACAGCGCAGGGAGAGAUUGGCCCCACCCAGCCAUCCAGAACCAGAGCUUUCAACGGAUUCCGAAGAGGGUGACAGUGCGAAUGUGAAUGGGGAGGAAGAAUAUCAACCGUUGUUGCCCACGGAGGAGACCACAUUUCAGAUUCUGACUCAGUCCAUCAACCCUCUGGAUUAUAGGAAGUGGAGGAGGAAACCCUGCUACUGGAAACUGCUCAAGGCAUGCAAGGUGAGAGCUACAUCUUUCUUAUUAAAAAAAAAAUAGCCGAUAGCCAUUGCCUGGG